AUGGUGACAAUGAAAAUGAGGAUCUUGAAGAGUUAGCUACAACUUCUAACAUGCAAAACUGUCAUCUAGCUGAACACGAAGGUUCAAAGAUUGAACUUAAAUACCUUUUUACACAUGCUUUAUCACAACCUUUAUUUGUUCGUACUCUUCAGCAAGAUGUUGAGAAUAAUUUU